AUUUGUUUGAAGCUGUCUAUAUAUUUAUAUUCUAAUUAAUUAUAAUGGCAGAAGUACAAUUUGAUGAUCUGGAUUCAGUACAAAAUAAUGAGGAAAGAGAAGAAUUAGUAAAACAUGUACUUGAAUUACAAUCACAAUUACGAGAAAUGUUAUCGCGAGUAGACGCAGCAAGGAAAGAGUAUCAAUCACUUUCGACUGAGAACCAAUUAUUACAAAAAUAUAUUAAUAACUCACUUACAUCCACCGCUGUCUUUGGUGCGACUAAUGGGGCCGUUAACUCGAAUAACAUAUCUCUAAAACAAACAAAUAACAAGCCUGAAUCACCUCGAUAAAUUUGCUAUUUUUUUUUUCUUUUUCAUCUCUGUAAAUAUCAUUUUUCUCAGUUCAAAUAAUAAAAUUAGCAGUCUCCUCUUUACUCUAAUAAA